AGGACAUUCUUGAAGGCCAAGUGAGAUACGUUAAGAUCAAGCCUCGGCAUAAUUACAAGGUCUGUCGCGUGCGUACAAUGCACCUCCGUUUAUGGUGGCUCUGCCGUCCGCAACCACGUUUCGGAGUGGUUGAUGGAAAACGACACUGCGCUUGGCGCGCAGAUCGACCAUGUGUGUUAGGUUUCCACCCGGCGCCUGAUACGUUGCCGGAACUCUGACUGAAGCCACUGCAAUGUCACUUUCCAACUCGGGAAGUUGCGAUGCUCGAUGCAGGGCUGUGAGCACCUCUACCGUGACGUCUACCACAUUCGGGACCGGUCAGUGGCACGGGAGUGCGGUCAUAAGCGACGCGCUGCUCUCUUACUUGACAAUGGAUUGUUCAACUUCUAUCACGGUGUAGUGGAAUAUGGCAGGCUCUGCUCAGCGCCACGUCACAAACGCUAUGCUGCAGAAUACAAUGUCGAUGGUGGACAGUAAGCAACUCUGUUGGGUCGAUGUCAGUAACCCUAAGGAAGCAGCAAAGAAAGUCAGGGCACGGUCGGCAAGACGAGGUCAUGACUCCCGUUCUAGAAAGAAUCAUGACCGUGAGGCAGUCCUCAGGCGAACCGCCGCUCACCGUAAGAGCCAGUCAAUGAGCUCGACGACGCCUCAGCCAGCAGCGCCUCCCAUUGUGACAGGAAUUACGUCGCCCUCGCAGUCUACCCUUUCGCGUACCGAGACGGAAGCUAGAGAUAUGGUGAAAACCAACAGCAGCUCAACAUCAUCACCGAGGCGGAACUCGUCUUGGCUCGAUACCGUCCUUGGGGAGCCAUCAGAUGACGGUGCCGCUGCUGCGCAGUCGCGAAACGAGCAACAACUACACGCAUCAGCACCAACACUAGUUAUCGCACGUGGCGCGUCGACUGCUUCAGGCGCGAAUGAAUAUAAAGCUUGUGGAGCCCACUGCACGGCUUCGAGCGGUGCAUGGCCGAUACGAAGUCAAGUCACCCAGCCUUCGCUGACCCAGGUCGGAUGAAGUUAUGAACAAUUUGGCUGUGCAACGCACGGAGGAGCACAGGACUUAGACCAACUCGCACUCUGUGGGCAGAUGUGUCUGGACUUCCUUGCACCAACAUCCAAGAUGUUUCGCGCACGCAUGUGGCUGGGUGAACCGAGAGAUUGUGUUACAGGCCGCACGCCCAAGUAAUAGACCACAACAACCUUUUCAACAACUUCAAAUACCGUUCCGAUCCAGGCGCCGCUAUCAAUGUAUAAAUUGGAGAAUGCAGUUUUAAUGGCCAUCAUCACGUAGCCGUGGCGCCAAGUGGUGCCGG